AUGGAAGGAACUGAUAAUAAUCAAUUUGCCAACUAGCAAGACGACUUUGCUUUCGGAAGAUCAAAUAAGGGCGAAGCAGACAAGAAAAAGAAGACUGCUGAUGAAUUGGCUGAAGAAAGACUAAAGCAAACUUAUAAUGUGGGUGGAGGAUCCAAAGAUAAUGACGAUCUCAAGAGAAAAAGAGAAGAUUUUGCGGUAUAGCUGAGAAAGAACAAAAGAGAGGAAAUGUUUAAGCAAAAGAGAGCCUUUACCACAGAAGGCUAAGCCAAUACCCCUAACACUCAAACUGAGACUCAAAGCCAAUAGAUGGUUGUCGGUCCUUAAAAUCAAUUGAGCGAUGACAUGCUUCUCUAGAUUAGUGUUGAGGAUGCUCUUAUGAUGAUCGAUAGAAUGAGUCUGGAGGAAUUCAUUAGUCAAGCCUAGAAGAUGGCUUUUCAUAUUCAGGACUUCCAGAAAUUGCUCUAACUAAUCCAAGAUACUCUUGAUGCUAAAGUCAUAUUUGCCACUGUUGGCUUCAGAAGACUUCUGUCUCAAGAGAGGAAUCCACCAAUUCAACCAGUCAUUGAUGCCAACUUAGUCCCCAAGUUCAUCUCAUUCCUCCAAAGAGCGGACUUUCCUAAACUUCAAUUUGAAGCAGCUUGGUGCUUGACUAAUAUUGCCAGUGGACAACAGGAGCAGGUCUAAGUUCUUAUUGAUAAGGGAACAGUAAAUGUCUUAGUUGAAUUACUUAACUCACCCCACCUCGAAGUGGUCGAGUAAGCAAUCUGGGGUCUUGGAAAUAUUGCAGGAGAUGGUGCAAAAAUUAGAGAUAUGGUUAUUGCAGCAGGAGCUAUCAACCCAAUUUCAAACAUUUUAGACAGAGCUCAACCAGGCUCUUCAUUCGUGAGAAAUGCCAGCUGGACCUUAUCAAACCUUUGCAGAGGAAAGCCAGCACCUAACUUCCAUGCAGUUAAAAGAGCAGUCCCAUCACUUGCUAAAGUUCUCAUUGAGAAUGAUGUUGAGGACAUUCUUAUUGAUGUGUGCUGGGCUAUUUCAUAUUUAUCAGACGGUGGUGAGGAGAGAAUCCCAAUAAUUCUCGAGACAAACGUAGUCCCAAGAUUGAUACAGCUAUUAUAGCACCCUAAUAUCGCAAUCUCAGUCCCAUGCCUUAGAACCAUUGGAAAUAUUGUGACUGGUGAUGAUGAUCAAACCUAAUUUGUCAUAAAUGCAGGUGCACUUGAGCAACUAAACAGCAUAAUCUACCACAAGAAGAAGACUGUCAGAAAGGAGGUAUGCUGGUCUCUAUCAAACAUCACUGCUGGAAAUCCACAAUAAAUCUAGCUUUGCUUAGACUUAGGUAUUAUAGACAAGCUAAUCAACAUCCUUAUAAAUGAUGAUAUUGAGAUCAAGAAGGAAGCAGUUUGGGCUGUAAGCAAUUCAACUGCUGGAGCCACCUUUGAGCAGUUUAUCGUCUUAGUUCAUAAGGGCAUUCUUAAGGCACUAUCAGCCACUCUAAAAAUGAGAGAUGCAAGAAUCCUAGCCGUUGCUUUAGAAGGCAUUGACAAUAUCUUGAAGUCAGGCUAGCAACACUUCCCUCAGAGAGGACAAGAAAACUAGUUUACUAUUGAACUUGAAAUGUGUGGAGGUCUUGAGGAAAUUGAACAGCUUCAAACUCAUCCAAAUCACUCUAUUUAUGAAAGAGCAAUGAAACUCCUAGUCAAUUAUUUUGAAGAGUAAUAGGAUGCCGGAUCUGGUAUGGUAGGUAUUUAAUCCACUGCACAAAACUAGUUUAGUUUCUGA